CUUCUCUUGUUCUUUGCUGCACUUCCUCUGUCUCUCGUUUUCCCACAAGACUUUCUCCGGACCCAUUUCCUUGCUCAGUCGUGGACGUUUACUUUUCUUCCCGAGAUCUUCAAGAAGUGAUUUGCUUGGUGUCACUGCUAAAGUAGUAGGGAAAGAAAAAUGAUGAAGAAGCUCUUCAUCAGGCCUAGUCAGAGUCUUGGUCUCCUUCUAUUCAACCAAAAGAGAGAUAUGCAUAGCAGGAACAAGAAGGCCAUGGAAUUUAUAGCCAAAGGAUGGAGCGCCCUGAAGGAAGUUGACAGAGUCAUUGACUACGCCGAGCUCCAUGAUAAACGCCUUAUUCCUCUUCUCAGAGCAGCAAAGGAGAAUUUCGAGUUGGCUCUAGAGGCAGACAAUUCGAAUACACAUGCUAGAUAUUGGUUGUCCAGACUGCAUUUGAAAUAUCAUGUCCCUGGGGCUUGUAAAGCAGUGGGAGCUGCAUUGUUAGUAGAAGCUGCAAAUAUGGGCGAUCGAGAUGCACAAUACGAACUAGGUUGCCGAAUGAGAAUUGAGAAUCCAUAUGUCCAAUCUGAUCAACAAGCUUUCUAUUAUCUGGAGAAGGCUGCUGACCAGUUUCAUCCAGGUGCCCUUUACCUUCUGGGUGCUGUAUAUUUGACAGGAGAUUGCGUGAGGAGAGACAUGAACUCAGCGCUAUGGUGUUUUCACAAGGCAUCUGAAAAGGGACAUGCCGGCGCUGCUAUAGCAUGUGGGUCCCUUCUUCUUAAAGGUGUGGAACUCCCAGAAUCUCUAACAAAAUUAAGUUCCAAAAGGAUUCCUUUAUCCAAAAGAGCAAUAAAAGACUUGGAAAGUCGUCCAACGAAUCGAGUAGAGAUGGCAAAAGAACAGUUUGAGAUUGCAGCCAAAGCUGGAUGUGAUUUGGGACUAAAAUGGUUGGAGAGACUUGGAGAGGAAGAGAAGCAUUUACUGACUAGAUAAUGCAUACUGAAUACAACUUUUUUGCCCUUUUUUUUCCCCGACCAACUGCUGUGUUAUUAUAUUUGGUAUUGGUCAGUUUACCCUUUUAGCAAAAUGCAUCGGGGAUGGUAAGCUCAAGUUGCUACAUUCCUUUGUAUGUUUAUUAAUUGGAUAAUAAAAUGACUUGUUCAGCAUGGUUUUAACUGUU